UGUAGUCAGCUUGGCUUCUGUUUUGAUUCAUAGAGCGCUAUGGUGGUAUAUCUUUGCUACUGAUGUCUACAGCGGUGAUUUUGGCCGCUGUAUUGGGCGGUGGAGUACUGCUCGUCGCUCGUCGAGUAUUUUCAAGGCGAUCAUCUGUCCAAGUAUUGCGUUUCUGCUCCAGCAUGAUGCGCGGGAAAACGGUUAUAGUGACAGGGGCGAACAGCGGGAUCGGUAAGGCCACGGCAGCGGAGCUAGUGAGGCUGCAGGCCCGAGUGAUCAUGGCCUGCAGAGACCGGCAAAGGGCCGAGGAGGCGGCGCAGGAGAUCCGGCAGGAGGCCGGGCCAGAGCACGGCGAAGUUGUAAUCAAACACUUGGAUCUCGCUUCAUUAAAGUCUGUUCAUAACUUCUGUGAGGAAAUUAUCAAGGAGGAGCCGAGGUUAGAUGUACUCAUCAACAAUGCUGGGAUUUAUCAGUGCCCGUACACAAAGACAGAGGAUGGCUUUGAAAUGCAGUUUGGAGUUAACCACCUGGGACAUUUCCUGCUAACCAACCUCCUCCUAGAUCUGCUGACGAAGUCUGCCCCCAGCAGGAUCAUUGUGGUGUCUUCCAAGCUUUACAAAUAUGGGGAAAUCAACUUUGAUGACUUGAGCAGCGAGCAGAGUUAUAAUAAAAGCUUUGCCUACAGCAGGAGUAAGCUUGCCAACUUACUUUUCACCCAUGAACUGGCUAAACGCUUGGAAGAAACAGGAGUAACUGUAAAUGCUUUAACCCCAGGAAUAGUUCGAACAAAUCUGGGGAGACACAUUAAUAUUCCUUUCCUUGCCAAGCCUCUAUUCAAUCUAGUGUCUUGGGCUUUUUUUAAAAGCCCCUUGGAAGGUGCACAGUCCUCCAUUUAUUUAGCCUGUUCUCCAGAUGUAGAGGGGGUUUCUGGGAAGUGUUUUGCCAACUGCAAGGAAGAGGAAUUACUGCCUAAAGCAUCUGAUGAUGCUGUUGCAAGAAAAUUGUGGGACAUUAGUGAAAUUAUGGUGGGGCUGACAAAAUGAAAAUAUUUUUUUAGUCUUAUUUCUGUUGUUCCAAAAAUAAAUGAGAAAAUAAAAGUGGUGGUUGAGUAAAUUAGCCAUGCCUUACACAUAAUGCUAAUUAUGCCUGUACCGUGAAGAAUAUGCAGAAUUCACCAUGAAGUCUAGUUACCGGUGUUCCAAAGUUUUAAAUGAUCGGGUUUCCUUAAGUUGUACUUUAUGUGCUUGAACAAAAUUUUCUUUUUUUACUUUUGCCAGUUUGCUAAAAUUAAUUUACAAUAUUUAACUGAAUGAGUUUGAUGGGCUGAAUAGUCUCUUGCAACCUUUUCGUUAUGUUCUCACGUAGCAAGGCUGUUCAGAGAAUGGCUGUUCAGAUAGACGAUAGAUCUCUCACUAGGUGUAUGUUCAUCAAGAUAAACGAGGUCUAUGAUUUUGACUUUGGGCAUGUUCUCUCAGUUGGCUUUUCUUGUGCAAAAAUACUUUUAAGUGACUGCAUGCACAUUGGGCUUUGUAUAAAUUAAGACAUUAGAGGAUCUGUAAGUUAAAUGGAUUUAUUUGCAUUUAAAUCUUACAUGUUUUAUUUUGUGCCAUUGGCAAAAUGCUACAACUGAAGUGCUAGCAAUAGAUAAAACGCAUAACGUGUAGCUUGCCUUUAAAGGUAUUAUGCAAUAUCAAGAAUUGAAAUGUCUGUGUUCAAAUUAUUUUAUUAAUCUGUGGUGUUGUGCACUACCUUGUUCUAUACAUUGUGGAAAUACAGUAUGCACUUUGACUAAAGAGAAAUUAAACAAUUCUGAAAAUCAAAAAA